AUGGGUAAAAAAAUUAAUAUUGCAAUUUAUUUGGUUCUAUUAAAUUUGUUUGUUUGUGGAAUUAAAUAUGGAGAAAGUGGUAUUCCAGUGAAAAAAUCCGUUAACUUGAGAAAUAGUUACGAAAACAAAAAUAACUCACAAGCAGGCAUAAAUGCUAUAGAUAAAACAAGCUUUCAAGAUGAUCAAAAAAAAUUUGUAAUAGAAGGUAACGAUGAAAAUCAACCAGAAAGUAAAGAAGAAAAUAUAAACGGAGAAAACAAGGAAAAACAACCAUCUAAUUCCGUCAAAGUAUCUGACAAAGAAGGUUCCAAUUCUGAUACUUUAAAAAAAUCCGAUGGUACCUCAGAUAAAGGCGAUGUCACUGAUCAAAAAGAGAAACAACCGGAUACCUCGUUAGAUAAAAAGGAAGAUACCCUUCCCAAAGUUGAUGAAAAUAUUCCAUCUGAACAUGGUGUACAAAAAACUCCCCUUAAUCCAAAUAAUAAAAAUCAAAUGCAAACGGUAAGCAAUUCAGGAGGCGAUAGCCCUACUGAUAUGAAUAAAACAGUUCAAGAAAUUUCUGGAAGUUCUUUAGGUGAUAAAAAAUCACAAACUGGUGAUGCAAAUCAUGUUGUUCAAAAUUAUGAUAAACAAAAUAAUCAAAUUAUAUUUAAUAAGCCCAUAAAAGGUAAAGAUGUAACGCCACCAGGUAAAAUUAAUGAUAAAUCUGCUAAUGAUUCAUCAAGUUUAUGUGAUACAACAUUAGAUGACAAACAACCUAAUAAUGAAGGAAGUGUUGGUAAUAAAGAUAAUGUACAUAUUAACCCUAAAAAUGAAGAUACUUCUUCAGAUAGCACUAACAAGGAAAAAACGCAACAGAAGGAAAAUGCCACUGAUAAAAAUAGUGACAAGGCUUCUGUUUCUGAUUCUUCAACUAAAGAUGUUAUUGAUAACACAAAAGGUAAAACCGAAGGAGUUCAAAGUGGUAUCGGUGAAGAUAGUAAUACUGUAGAUGGUAAUAUUAAAACAAAAGAACCUAGUGAAAAUGACAAGCAAAAAGAAGAAUCUAGUUCAAUUGUUAAGGUUCCAUCCGUUGCUCCUAGCAAUGUUCCUGAGCAAAAGAAAGCCGAUGCUAAUACUUUGGAGUUCCCCCCUACUAGCCACAAUAAUACAAACAGCACUAAUUUGAAUGAUACCGAAUCUAAUGGUAAAAUUAGUAAUGAUGUUAUUCCUAAAAAAAAUGAAAAUAAUAAGCCUAAUAAUAAUCAAACUAUUUUAGAAGAAGCAAGAAAUGAUCCUAAAGUUAAAACUAGCACCAAAGAUACUGCAGUAAAUAAUAAUUUUGAAAUGAGAUAUGAUAACGAAGAAGAAAAUGAAAACUCCGUAGAUGAAUCUAUGAAUAUUAUGGAAUCAUAUACAGGAGACCAAAACAGUGAUCAAGAAAAAAUAGAAUUUGCCGAUGCCAAAGAUAUUCCACAAAAUAAUAAAACAAACGAAAAUGAAAAAGAAAAGAUAUCAAAGAAAUCGAGAAAAAGAACAUCAAAAAAGAAAGAAAAGAAAAAUGAGCCUAUUACCAUUGAUUCUAAAGCUAAAAAAUUAAUUUCUGAAUAUUAUGCAAAUAUGAAAAAUAUCAAAAAUAAAAUCGAAGAUUAUGUAAAAUCGAUGAUGAAUUUAAUAGACAGUAAUUAUGGAAUUUCAAAGACUUUAUCCAAUUUUUCAGAAAAUGUAAGUAACUUUAUAUAUAACAUAUAA